AUGGUUGGAGCUACCCCCGAGAUGGCAGCGUACUGCUUCGCUGUCAUAGUGAGCAAGCUCAAAAAUGAACCAAUUCCUCAGGUUCCUCAAGGUAUUCCCAACGACCCUUCUCCAAUCUUCGUUACUCUAAAGACUCUUAAUGGUAAUCUUCGUGGGUGUAUUGGAAAUUUCAGUGCUGAACCACUUCAUGAUCAACUCAAAAACUAUGCAAUUGCUGCUUCAUUUGAAGACAGCCGUUUUCCUCCAGUUGAGCUUAAUGAACUCCCAUCUCUUCGUUGCUCUGUUUGUUUGCUUCAUUCAUUUGAAAAGGCAGAUAAUUGGAAAGAUUGGGUUAUCGGAGUUCACGGCAUAAGAAUUCGAUACCAAGUAUACGGUGCCACUUUUCUUCCCUCUGUAAUGAGAGAGGAAGGUUGGGAUCAUUUACAAACUUUACAACAUUUACUUGCCAAAGCUGGGUAUAGAGGAGAGGUUACCGAAGCUAUCCUUAAUCAGGUAGAAGUAACACGUUAUCAGGAGAGCAAAGCUAGCGUGGAAUUUGCUUCUUUGAAAUUGAGUAUAUAG